AAAAAGAUCGGUGGGGCUGAAGCUCGGCCUCGGGGUCAGACCCGUGUAUUGUAGCAAGACUGUUGACAAGGUGACUUCCUCUAACAUGUCUGAUCUCAAAGACUAAACACUAAGAGCUAUGCCUGGACUAAGUAUUGGAACCUGCAAGAGAUGGAGCACCUACAUAACCAUGGCCAUGUUCUUCUUGACAGGGGGGAUCGAGUACAGUGUCAUCUUCCCAACUAUGUAUAACUAUGUUCAAGAAUUGGGUGGUGAGGAAUGGCUGUAUGGGCUCUCCUUGUCUGCCUUCAGUAUAUCUAAUCUGAUCACCAGUCCCCUCUACGGUAUCAUUUUUGACAAGACGAAACAAACCAAGUGGAUCGUAUUAGUGGGAAACCUAUUUGAGAUUGGAGGAAAUUUCAUGUAUUUUGCUGCCUACACCGUUGGGUCCCCGUACCUUAUUCUGGCCAGUCGGUUUGUUGUCGGGGCGGGGGCGGGAGCUGGAGCUGCAAUCUUUGCUGAGCUGGCACUCACCACUAGCAAGAAACAGCGGACGACCAUCUACUCUCUGUUCUUGGCACUCCGGCAAUUGGGAAUGGUUGUUGGUCCUGCCUUCAAUUUGUUCCUUGAAGAGGCAAAUUUCAAAGUGGGACCAUUUCCAGUCAAUCGUCUAUCCUUCCCUGGUGUAUUCAUGGCAAUUGUCUGGAUUAUCGUGGAGAUUUUGUUUCUUUUCUUCUGUUUUCGCUUGCCACACGUGGAGCAAGACGGUGAAACUCAAAAUUCAAAGUCUGUAGAAGCUCAUACAUCCAAUCACAACACGGCUGUUACUCAGUCGACCAAUGGAGACACCACUGUCAGCGAAGACGAGGUUGCUCCACUAUUGCACACAAAGACUCUGUCCUCAUGCAUUAACGGAGUGGCUUACGGCAGCACAUCACCAACUCAAAGAAUGUCAAGUCCGACCAUAAACCAUUCUGUCUCAGUCGACACUUACAUAUUGGUGAAGCCAGCAGUUAGAGAGGAGAAAGGAUGCUCAGCUCUAGUUGGGAGGUUUCGUAAGUACUGUAUGUAUCUGCUGAGUGAGAUGGUUCGUGAGGAGAUUAUUGUCUUGUUAGCUUUACUGUUUGUGACGAUGUUCAACCAGGCAACCAUUGAGACAAUGUUCGUGCCAAUGGCUGAGGAUCUUCUCAAUUGGAAUGAAAAGGAAAUUAGCUUCUUUUAUAGUGGUGCUGGCUUUGAGAUCAUUUUGGCGUUUGUACUAGUGAGUCUCCUCAGUCGACUGCUUGGUGAUCGCUGGCUACUGUUAAUCGGACUCAUCUUUGAUAUCGUAGGAUGGGGCUGGUUGCUUGGACUUGUUGGGAAUGCCACCAGUGAAACCCCUUGGGUAAUGUGGCGCUUUAUGAUCGGUGGAGUCAUAGUGCUAUGGGGACUACCGUUUGCCCUGGUAACAGGCGCUUCUCUCUACUCCAAGAUACUACCAGCUGACAUUCAAGGUUUUGGACAGGGCUUCCGCAGAUCCUGCUUCUCCGUAGGAGCCAUAUUAGGUGCUCUGUGGGCGGGUGGUGCUGGCAGCUUUGGUAGUACCUACUAUGUCCUACUGGGUGUGCCAGCUGCCCUCUAUGUAUUGAUGCUGUUUAUGGUACUCGUGACUUUUGUUCGUCUCAAGGAAGCCCCCUCGAAGAAGAAUCAACCCCCCUCAGUGGACACAAUGAAAACUGAUAAAUCCUCACACAAACAGAACAAAGCUAGCUGAAGCUAGCUGCUGUUCCUGUAUUGCCAAUUAAUAUGUUCAUACAUUUUUUAUUAUUUAUAAUAAAUUA